AUGGAUUCGUUUAGUACUCAGAAAAUCAAGUCAAGAAAGACAAAGAGGCCUGCAAAAAAGUCUCGUGUUCAGAUAAUCUUGGAUCUGCUUUUCCGGGCGGUCGAGAUAAUUGUGGUUUUGGUUACCGUAGCUAAGCUUUGCUAUCAGCUCGCUAUCACGUUUGAAGAUUCUGGUGUCGCGGCAGUUAUUAACGCAAACCGCAAUCUAGCGUUUCUGAUAGGAAACGUGAUAGUCAUCGCUCUGAUUGCUAAAUCCGGUCUUCUACUGAAUCAAGAGCAGGAUCCGAAGUGCAAACGCAAUGAUCUUUACGAGGAGUUUGUUCGGGAGAGCUCAAGGAGAGAUGGAAACUCACAAGACGAGAUGAGAAACAGAGGAAAACAGAGUGAAGCAAGGAACGAGGCUAGAAAGAGCAUAACCGAAACCAGAGCAAAACAGUGUGAAGAAACAGAGAAGGAGAAGCAGAGCAUAACUGAGAACAUGGCAAAGCAGAGGAGUUAUGAGAAGACGGAGAAACUUAUUGCCACUGAGAAGAAGAUGAAACAGAGCAUUUCUGAGAAGAGAUUUGAACAGAGCAAACCUGAGAAGAUGACAAAACAGAGCAUUUCCGUGAAGGGAGAGGAACAGAGAAAAACUGAGAAGAUGGCAAAACAGAGCAUUUCCGUGAAGGGAGUGGAUCAGAUCAUUGUUGAGCAUCACGAGACAGCGGUAGAGAAGCUGGAGAAACAGAAUCUGAGUGAGAGGAGACAAAUUCAGAGUUACCAGAGAUGCCGUUCGGAGAAUCUGGAGGGUUUGGAGAAGAGUUCUUGUGUGAGAUUAAGGAGAUCGGAAACGGAUGCGUCUUCUGAAAGAUAUGAUUCCGACGAUGAACUCCGAUACAAGAUCGAGUCUUUCAUUGCAAGGCAGAGGAGGAAUCAAAAUUAUGAUUAG